AUGGCUUUCCAGAAACUCAUUGUCAUCCUCGGUGCCACCGGUAACCAGGGAGGUUCCGUUGCGGAAACAUUCCUCCAGGAACCCGAGUGGCGCGUUCGAGCGGUUACUAGAAAUCCUCUCGGCUCGAAAGCGCAAGCGUUAGCUGCUCGUGGUGCAGAUAUCGUUAAAGCUGACUUGAAUGAUCCAUCGUCACUUGGCUCGGCAUUUGAGGAUGCGCAUGUCAUCUUCGCUGUUAGCGACUUUUGGGGGCUGUUUGGCGAUCCCGCCAGUCAAGCGAAAGCAACAGCAGCAGCGCAGCCUCUGAAUAUCUGGGCCGCCAAUCAUGAGACACAACAAUUGAAGGAUGUUAUCGAUGCUGCAGCCAAGGUUCCCUCUUUGAAACGGUUUGUGCUGUCAUCCCUGUCCGAUGCAACCAAAUGGUCUGGAGGGAAAUACAGCCAUGUCUAUCAUUUUGAUUCCAAAGCAAAUGGUGAGACUUAUGGGAGAGAGAACCACCCCGAGCUAUGGGCGAAAACGAGCAUUUUCCAGGCUGGGUACUUUUUGAGCAACUUUGUCUCCAAUCCAAUCACCCUUCCUAGAAAGGUAAAUUCCAGUGGAGUGGUCCAGUUUAUUGGCGGACUCGACCCUGACGUGGAACUACCAUUUAUUGCUGCAGAAGAAGAUACUGGGCCCAUUGUCAGAGCCCUAGUGCUUGAGUCAGCUGCAAAGGAAGUUAUCGGUUAUAGAGGUCGCAUUACGCUGCGCGACCUGAUCGAAACCUUUUCGCAGGUGACAGGUAUGAAAGCUGAAGCCGUCGUGCUUCCCAAAGGAGAGUCAGUUGUUCCAUUUCCUUCUGAACUACAACGGGAACUCGACGACAACUGGGCUUAUUGGAAGGAGUUUGGAUACUACGGAGGCGAUCCAGCCAUCGUACAUCCUCAGGAUUUGGAACAUACGCCCAAGCUCGAUAGCGUGGCAGGUUAUUUCAAAAAGCAAGACUGGUCCAACAUCAUUGGCUAG